AUGCCCACCGAGCAGUUGUCCUCUUUUCAGCUCCUCCGAUCGUUGGGUCAUCUGCCGAAUGUGAGCGUUCGUGUUGUCGAUUACAAUGAGUGAGUGUGUCAUCAGAAUUCAGAAUAUGUUCUUUUCAUUGCAGACGGAUCCCAUUUCUCGCCCAACUCAACACCACUUCAAAAGCGGACAUUUUCAUCGGAAUGCACGGCGCCGGCCUCACUCAUCUUCUCUUUUUACCCGAUUGGGCGGCAGUUUUCGAAGUGUCAGUUAUGCGUUUCACUCCAUUUUCUGACUCGAACUAUUCCAGCUACAACUGCGGAGACGUCGCCUGCUAUUCCGAUCUGGCCAGACUCCGAGGUGUGAAGUAUUUCACAUGGCCAGAAGAUAAAGUGAGUCACUGAGAAAAGAAAGAAGGGGACAAAGAACAAGUUUCAGCUCGAAUUAAUCCGGUCUGAUGACGCUGGAAGGCAUCCGUCGAGUGGUGAAAAGCAUCUGAAGUUUGCGAAUUAUCAUGUCGAUGUGAACGAGUUCCGAGAGCAAGUCAAGAAGGUCAGUCGUAGCGAAACAAGGAAGUAAAAAGUGAAACAAACCUAACAAAAUUAAACUAGACUCGAAACUACUGACCUUCUUUUCAGGGUUAGUCUUUUUCCGAACAGAAAUAGUUGUGAGACUCUCUGUAAAUAAUUUGAAAAAGGGCAUAUUCAGAUUGUGGAGCACGUGCGUCGACACCCGAAAUUCGUGAGCUCUCGCCGGACACAACGACGAAGACGGCAAGAGAAAGAGGAGCGAGCACGCAGAGAGCUCUGA